UUUAAUUGGACGAGUUGUUCAUAAUUGGAUUGGUUAAUCCUUGCGCUAGAUUUUGGACCAUUUCGAACCGAUUUCUAGCAACUUGGACACGAGACUUAAGGAAACGUAUGGUGGGGAUAGCGAUAUAUGACUAUCACUCUUGCACCAUUCUUGCAAGUUUGGCCGUCUCACUCACUCCGCACGUCCGCAGUCUCCGCACAACCUUGUAGUCCAUUCCAGUAUGUAUACAUCUCGCUUCAUAGUGUAUGAUGUAUGCCAAUGUAUACACGUGAACAAAGAACGAAGUAAGGGACAAACGUAGUGAUAUAAAUUACAAAACUAUACAUAACAAAAAUUAUGUAAGAAAAAAUUUUUUUGAAACAAAGCUAAAGUUUACAUUUAACAAAAAAAAGAGAGCAAGAAGAUAGAAAAGCGCCGUUUCAAAAGAAUCGACCGGGUCGACGUUUACGAAAGAAGGAAAUAACCUCUUUCUGCGUUUUCACGGUAUUUACGAUGGUCAUCUGCAAAUAUUAUCGACAAGGCAAUUGUCGUUACGGGCAGUACUGCCAAUUCGAGCAUAUAAAUCAUUUCGGCAAUACCAAAGGAGAGGAUGAUAUCAUUAUCUUGGUGGCUAAAGAAGUACUUCUUGCUGAGAGAGGUGGACAAUGGUUAUUAUCAUGUUUUGCACCACUUAAAGAACGCUGCUGUAUCCCAGGUAUGAAGGACGUAUCCCCAGAAGAGGUUCGAUGGGAGAUAUAUGAGGCACAAAAAAAUGGCAUGGUUGAACAGGCGAAACUACACUUUCAACAAUUGUGUCAAGAAAUGAAGGCAAAAAGGGAGAUGCUGAAAAAUCCCACACGAGAGACAAUUACGUUCCUGAAAAAAAAUUUAGGAAGUAAAUGUCCUGGAACUCAACAGUUUGCCUCACCUGGUAACGUAUUCGCAAGCGCAUUCGGCGUACAAAAUAAUAACCCAUUUGCCGGAAAUGGAUUCGUCUCCUCGAGUAACGCAUCGAUAUUCGGAAAAUCCAAUAAUAAUACAACGUCUGUAUUUGGCGGUGGGGCAACCUUUGGAAACAAUCUCGGCGGAUUUAAUGGUGCCGCGACAAGUGGAGCUGGUUCCAUGUUCGGAACAACAAGCACGUCGACGUCGUUCAGCGGAGUACAGAACAGCGCGCCAGCGUUUGGAACACCUCAGAGCAAUUCAAUCUUCGGCGGAUCGUCUCAAAAUAUGUUCGGUCAAAAUAACAACGUAUUUGGCGGAACGAGCCAGCUCAGCAACGCGUCCACUACUUCGUUGUUCAACAAUUCGAUAACUUCGCAGGCAAACACUUCGUUAUUUGGCGGAGCGACGACCGCCUCCAACUUGUUCGGCGGUUCAUCCACCGGAUUACAGACAAAUUCGGUCUUCGGCGGUGUCUCGACCACGUCGUCGUCCGGUUCCUUUAACAAUGGCAUGUUUACUCAACCAAAAACACAGAUUCCUGCGUUCGGUGGAGCGCCAGUUUUCGGAGGAGUAACUCCUAACUAUAACAGCAAUUCUACUGGCAACACGAUAUUCGGAGGCGGCGGACAAACGUUCGGUGCUCCCGCGAUAUCAUCGAGCGGUAGUAUCUUCGGCGGAUCCACGGCCGCCGCAACACCGGCUUUUGGAGCGGUCGUCUCUACCACAACGCCAACUUUUGGUACGUCCGUUGUUGCCAGCACGGCGCCAGGUUUUGCUGCUACCACGGCGCCGACUUUUGAUCUAGCUCAACAGCCCAGCAAUAAUACCACUUUCGGGGUGACUGCAUCGACUCCGAAUGUUUUCGCUACACAAAAUACCAACACGAUGUUAAUGGGCAACACGCCAUUCGGCGCGCCGCCUGUUGCGAUGAACGGUCCGUUUGUCACCGCUAACUCACAGCAGUUUGAUUCUACGAGUACAAGCUCAGCGCCGUUUUCCGGCACAGGAUUUGGAGUGCCCGUCGCUAAUACGAGUAACACGUUCGGUACCACAGAAACGUCUUCUUCCAAUUCGAUAUUUGCGAACGCGGCAACUACCUUUGCAACCACCAAUGGAACUGUUUCAAAUCAGUCACUGUUCUCCGCAUCUACUUUCGGCAACGUCAACCCAGUUUCCUCUCCGUUCGGAUCAGGUGCUGCUACAACUUUUACGGCAACGACAACCCUUACAAGCCCAUUUGCACCACGAACACAACAAGGCAGUUCACCAUUCGGAAAUGUGCAAAAUCAACCUAACAUCAACGCUUCUCCUUUUAGAAAAUCAUCUUGUAACGAAAUCGUCAUCGAUGAUAGCGUUUAUAGCGCGGAGGGUACGUUAACGGAUGAAGAAAAGAAUCAAUUCUUGGCUGACAGUUUUAUUCUUGGCAAAAUACCACUCAAACCUCCCACCAAAGCUUUGAGUUGACUCGAUAAUUCCAUCUAUGGACUUUUAAUGAUAUGUAUUUAAAUGCAUACUGUGAUAACGUUAUUUCUGUAAUCUGUAAAUAUCUAAACUUUUAUACAACUGAUGUGCUCUCAACCAAGUUCUUAAUAUAGAUAUAUGUUUACGGAACUGAA